AUGGGCAGCCCACAAUCAAUGGGCAGCCCGCACCUGGAGCAGCAGCAGUAUCAGCAACCUCCAGUGUCACUGAUGAGGAAAAUGUCUCUGGAGCCAGGACAAACGUGGCCUCAGCAGCAGGCCCCACAGCCGCCCCAACAGCAGCAGCCUGGUCCGCCAACCCGUGGCGCGAGCCUGCACAGAGGACCUUCAUCAGGUCCUUCUGGGAUGCCAAGCCAUGUGGCGCAAGGGCAGGCGAUGCCUGGCCCGCGGAGCCAGCCGCAGCCUGGCGUUCCAGGUCUCGUUAUGGGCAACAUGUCCGACCCUUCGCUGGCUGGAGGCAUGCCACGCAGCCCCAUGUCGGCAACCAUGUCUGUUGACUCUCACUCGUCCAUUCAUUCUUCCGGCUCGCUGCCAGUUCCGCCAUCUGGAAGCCAUCACGGCCACCACAUGUACCAACCUCAAGCUCAGCGCCAGCCUGUCCAGCACCCCAUGCCCGGGCGCCCUGGUCAAGGCCCUGGCCCUGGUCUUACUGGGGGCCUGGUGCACAUGUCGCAGCCUCCUCGUUCGCGAUCGGCCGAACCGCUUUCCCUCCGCGCGCCCGAUAUGCCGUCGGCGCGCUUGGUUGCCAUUUCGCAGUAUUCGGCCUCGACCUCGCCGUCCAUCAUGAGCCCCGUUGGCGGAGGCGGAUACGACGAGGACGACAUUUCGCCGCCUGCAUCUCCCGUCCAAGAGGAGGUCACGCAGCUCACCGGCCCCGCGGUCAUCUCUGCGCAGAUGAAGUGCAAGGUGUUCCUCCAACAGGGUCACGGCCAGUGGAAGUCGCUCGGCCAGGGCAAGCUCAAGCUCUAUGUCGAAAAGGCGCGCAACGUCAAGCAGCUGGUGGUCGAGAACAGCUCGGGCAAGGCCAUGCUCAUCUCGACCAUUGUGCUCACCGACGGCGUCGAGCGUGUAGGCCGUACCGGAGUCGCCGUCGAGAUUUCCGACCGUGGAAUGCGCACUGGUAUCAUCUACAUGAUCCAGCUGCGCAACGAAACGUCGGCAGGCGGACUGUACGAGUCGCUCCUUUCUGGCUCGGACCGUGCUCGCGGCGCAUAA